GGAAUAUCUGGAGAGGCAGCGUUGUGCCCAGAACCAGAGAGCAGCAAGAGGCGCAAUCACUCGGAACCAUGAACGCCGAGAAGCACGUGGCUAACUUCGGCGCAGGACCUGCGAAACUGCCGCGAUCGGUAUUGUUAGAAGCCCAGAAAGAAUUGGUGGAUUAUAAAGGCCUUGGCAUUAGUGUUCUUGAAAUGAGCCACAGGACGUCUGAUUUUUCAAAAAUCAUCAAAACGGCUGAAAAUUGCUUGCGUGAACUCCUUAAUAUACCAGACAAUUACAAAGUGAUUUUUCUCCAAGGAGGUGGAUCUGGACAAUUCAGUGGUAUCCCACUUAAUCUUAUCGGGCUAAAAGAAGCAAGGUGUGCUGAUUAUGUGGUUACAGGUGCUUGGUCAGCAAAGGCAGCCAAGGAAGCGGAGAAAUACUGCAAAGUGAACCUUGUUCACCCUAAACUCUCUAGUUACACAAAAAUCCCUGACCCAGGCACUUGGAACCUUAACCCUGAUGCCUCUUAUGUCUAUUAUUGUGCAAAUGAGACUGUGCAUGGUGUCGAGUUUGACUUUGUACCUGAUGUUGGAAAGGCACUCUUAGUUUGUGAUAUGUCGUCAAACUUCCUCUCCAGGCCAGUGGAUGUUUCUAAGUUUGGUGUAAUUUUUGCUGGUGCCCAGAAGAAUAUUGGCGCUGCUGGAGUCACGGUGGUAAUAGUGCGUGAGGACUUAAUUGGCUUUGCACUCAAAGAGUGCCCUAUAGUGUUGGACUACAAAGUGCAAGUAGAGAACACCUCAUUAUACAACACCCCUCCAUGCUUCAGUAUCUACAUCACAGGGUUGGUUCUAGAGUGGAUAAAAAACAAUGGCGGAGCUGUGGCUAUGGAUAAACAUAGCCAAAUUAAAUCGCAGAUGAUUUAUGACAUUAUCGACGGAUCCGAUGGAUUCUAUGUAUGCCCUGUGGAAAGAAAGAGCAGAAGCCGAAUGAAUGUUCCCUUCCGGAUCGGCAGUAUUAAGGGUGAUGAUGCCCUGGAAAAGAAAUUCCUUGAUAAAGCCGUAGAAAGCAACAUGAUAUCCUUGAAAGGGCAUAGAUCUGUGGGAGGCAUCCGUGCUUCCUUGUAUAAUGCUGUGACUGUAGAAGAUGUUCAGAAGUUAGCAACGUUCAUGAGAACCUUCAUGGAGACGUAUCGGCCGUGAACUCAGGAAGUCACGUUGCGCUGCACCGCUUUGAAAUAAAGUCUAAAGAAUUGGAAGAUGGUAGAAAUAUUUCACAUAAAACAUUAACUAGCCCAGUCAAGAUUUUGCAACAGUUAAACAUUCCGGCAUCUCUUCAUUGGUCACUUCAAUAUUCAAAGCAGUCUCAGCUGUAGCCAUGGGCUAGCACUUUUGGAAUUGGUCCCAAUAUUUAUCACAAUGCUUAGAGAUUUCUUUUGUUGUUAAGUGUAUGAAUGAGGGAUAUUCAUUGGUCCAUCAAAGAAUAUUUACGCUUUUAAUUUUAAACCAGACCACAGCACUUGUAAGGUACAGAGUGUAUUAGACUUGAUUUACAUACAUGGCAAUCAUUUGGUUUUGAUGUAAGUGAUCCUGUAAACAACCUCGUUCUUUGUAAAAUACCUUUUAGAAGUUCUUUGUUGUUAUGUUUUCCUGCUGUUUGUCUUUUCUUUUGAUUUUUUAAAAUUAAGUUAUAAAACUUAAGAGUGCCAUGUCCUUGGUCUAGUAAGCUGAGUUAAAUUAACACCUUUAGCUAAAUUUGGCAGCAUCACCUUUUUAUAUGACCGAUAAUUCCAAGUACACAUCACUAUAAUGGUGCUUAAAGGAGCAAACAACUGCCAAUUAUGCUUUGAUGACCUCAGGCUUUACUCUUGCAAACAUUUUGAAAUGGGAAGCCUGAUAAGUUUUAUAAAUUUGGCUCUGGCAUUAUUUUCUAUUUAACCUGUUAAGCGCACAUUUCACUAAAUUAUUAAACUUAGACUUAAAAUAUUGACUUAGAAAAUUUCCUUUUGGCAGUCUUGCAUUCGACAGCACAAAAGCCAAAGUAACUUUCCUUUCCUGGUGUCUCUCUUUUUGAAGUCAACUUCAUUUUACAAGACUGUCUUGACUCCCCACAUUUCUCAAUACUACUACUACUACUACUACUACUACUAAUAAUAAUAAUUGUAUUUGUUACCCGCCUUUCCCUCUGGAUCGAGGCGGGGUACAAAACUAAUAAAAACACCAUCAAAUACAUACAACUAAUUCAAACGUUUAAAACCAGUGCAUCAUUAAAAGCAGCACACCAUUAAAAAAGGCAUCUUAUGAAGGUUUUUUGUUCAGGGGCUAUAUUGUACAUUUUGUACCUUCUCAGAAGGUGUGCCCACAGCAAAACAGGGGCUUCUAAGUCCUUCAAACAUGAUUCACUUUUAUAUAUUUUCCCUCCUACAAUGAUAUUAUCUCCAUGUAGAGAACCUGUCAUGUGUGCAAUAGCCCACAUUCUAACACUGAACUUUCCCUUCACCACAUGUUACGGUCUUUCUACCUCUCCCAUCCUCUCACCCUUUUUCCUGUUCUUUUUCUAACUUAAGCCCUAAUCUGCCUGAUGAUGUCUUGUGUUCAAAAUAAAACUUAACCAAUAAAACUUAACCAAAACAAUUCACCUCAAAGCCUAUGUUUAUUAACUUUGAGCAUUUUUUAAAGCUCUCCUGGCUGCUUGUUAUAUGAAAUAAGUAAAUAUUUGUAGAACACUGUGGUCUCCUAAUCAGUUUCUGAGAACUGGAACUCAUUGAGCUGGAAGCAGAGUUCCCAUUUUAAUGUAGAAUUUCAUCAUGUACAGUAUUAAGCAUAGCAUAUAUGCCUAAAUAAAUGUCCCUUUUUUAUUCCUGGUAUAAUGCCCAGAGUUGGUAUACAUGCACCACUAUGGAGGAAAUGGUUUUGUCUGUUUAGUUCAAAAUAAACAUGAUUUCUUUUGUGUUAACACUGAGUUGAAAAGUAAUAAAGUCUU